UGUAUUGGUACAAUGGUUUCCGUCCAUGCAUUGGUUCAACGUAUGGAUACUCAAGAACUCACUAUCACGGAUGCACGAUUUAUUUCGUCUUUUCAUCCGAAAUGGAAAGAUGACUCUAAUUUAUGGCCAGAUGUGGCAAUCUGGCAUAAAUAUAGCGGUAAAGAUUUAGAUGUUAGAUGUUUCAUCAAGUGCGUCGGUGACGAAAAACAAUGCAUCGAUGCCAAAGAAAAUUUAGAACGAGAAGAAUUAAUGGAAUCCAAUGAUGAGAUUUCGAUGAAUAUGAAGAAACAUGAGAAAACAAUAAACGAAUUGACCAAAAAUGUCGCCGCCAUGCAAGACAAAAUAGAUUCCUUACAGCUCGAAUUGAAUCAAAUCAAAAUGCAUCAAAUUGAAUCGCAAUCAAUUUCAACAAAAGUGCCAAUUAAAAUUGUUGGAAAUUUAUCAGUACCCAUGACAACAAUUUAUGAAGCCUUGAUAAUUGGAUUUAAUAACAAAGGUUUUAAAUGCCUGGUGGAUCGUGUAUUCGGUGUUGGAUAUUUCGAAAACAAAUCAUGGAAAGGAUUAUCAAAAGAAGUUCGAUCAAACAUUAAUGAUCUAAUAACAUCUUUCGUAACCACCGGAAUGACAAUGAAUGAUUCAAAUUAUGAUCAAAAAUCAUUAACUGAAAAAAGAAAAACAAUUCUAACAAAAUUUCAAGCAUCACUUAACAUAAAAAAAUUCUUAUAUAAAAAAGGCAAAACGGAGAUUAAAAAAGUUGAAGAAAUGGAUGAAGAAUAACAAGAACUAGGAAAGAUUUAUUGGAGAUAGUUUGGAGAUCAAUUCACAAUUAAAUUCAUGGUGAUAUUAGCAAUUUUCUCUU